GUUUUCAACUGCAAGUUUUAGUUUUUGUUCAAUUAAUUUCAUUUUUAUAUAUAAAUAUCUUUGUUGCAAUGAGAAUGUAAUCAGUACACAAUGUCACUCGUACGAAGAAACAACAAGAAUAAGGGAGGAGGCCUCAUCAACACGCUUAUAAACAAAUUACCACUCGAGAUUCACGUGCCCGGUUAUCAAUAUUGUGGACCGGGAACAAAUUUGAAAAAACGUUUAGCUCACGGAGAUAAAGGAAUCAACCCCUUGGACUCGGCGUGUAGAGAUCACGAUAUUGCGUACGAUCGUAGUAACUCUAUCACAGAUCGUAACGAGGCCGACUAUAUAUUAGAGCAGCGAGCCUGGGAUAGGUUCAAGGCAAAAGAUUCUAGUCUAAAAGAAAAAGCAGUGGCUUGGGGCGUGACAACAGCCAUGAAAGCAAAACGUAAAAUCGGAGCUGGAUGUGGGUUUAAAGCGGGCGUCAAAGCAGUUAAAAACGCUAUAAAGAAAAAUAUAGUUCCGAAAAAAGGCGGCGUGUUGCCACUUAUUCCGAUUUUUGCUGGUUUAUCGGCCUUGGGAGCUCUAACUGGCGGCGUUUCCAACGUAGUUAAGCUGGCCAAUGAAUUUAAAAGAAACACACCGACGCAUUUGGGCGGUGGGUUAUAUCUCGCUCCGUAUAAGGGCAACUCGUACAAAAUCGGUUCGGGUCUAUAUCUCGCCCCAUAUAAAAGAGGUGGAGGCAAAAAAGCGAAAAAAAACUAA